AUGCAUGGUGUUCCCAUUACAACACUCAGAGACAGAGUGGAUAACAGGAUUUCACUUGACACAACAAAAUCAGGACCAGAACCAGUUUUGAGUCUUGAACAGGAGGCAAGGCUUUGCAGACACUUGACAAGUUACGCUGAGGUUGGGUAUGGCUACACCAGAGCUGAAGUCAUUGGGUUGGCAACUGAAUAUGCUGUUUCGCUUGGUAAACGAACCCCAGAUAAACCAUUUUCUCUGCAAUGGUUCUAUGAUUUCAUGAAAAGGUGGACAGAACUUAAACUUGUUAAGCCUUCAAGUCUCUCUGAACAGAGGGCCAAAUGUGCAAAUGAAACCUCUGUGAAGAAUUAUUUCAAUGAACUUGAAAGUAUUAUGUCAAAGUAUGACUUAAAGAGUAAACCACAAAACAUUUACAACAUAGAUGAAAAGGGGAUAAACACUGAAUACAAGCCACCUAAUGUCAUAGCAGGUUCAAAUUGCAAAGCUCAAGCUGUGAUGGCUGAACGCUCCAAAACUGUAACAAUAAUUGGGUGUGGUAAUGCACUGGGGGUACAAAUACCACCGUAUUUUGUUUUCCCAGGUGAAAGGUUUUUAGAUAACCUUUUAGAUGGCAAAACUCCUGGAGCAGAUGGAACAAUGACAAAAUCCGGGUGGUCAAACUAUGACAUAUUUAGUAAAUAUAUUAAAUGUCGUUUUUUAAAAUAUGUUCAGGGUAGAGAUAGUAAUGAAGCAAUACUUGUAUUGUAUGAUGGCCAUAGAAGUCACUUCUCCAUAGGCCUGAUUGACUGGGCAUUGGAAAACAAUAUUAUAUUGUUUGUACUGCCACCCCACACGUCUCACAUACUGCAACCAAUGGAUGUUGGUUGUUUUGGGCCGCUCCAAACUGUGUAUAGUCAUGCAUGUACUGCUUUCGCAAGGGUGAACCAUCGAGUAGUAACAAGGUACGAUGUCUGUGCUCUUGCCUGCAAAGCAUAUACUACUGCUCUUUGUCCAUCUAACUUGCAGGCUUCAUUUAAGAGGGCAGGAAUCUACCCACUACUUGAUGGUUCAACCAUGUGUGAGCAGCUAGAUGUUAAAACCAAGAAGUAUGUACCAGUAGAACCUGUACCUCCACAGCCUGGCCCAUCCUGUGUGAAUCUGGUGUAUGACUCCCACUCAAUGUCAGAGUCUGAUUCAGAACCAGAAGUAGAGCAGUUACAGUACAGUGAUUUUAGCUGUAGAUGGGGAAAUCAUCCGUUACUAAAAAUGGCUCGAGAAUACAUGACGGUGAUUUCUUGA